UGUUUUGCUGUCGUAUUUCCUCUCUUUUUUAGAACACCCAUCUAACGCAGAGAUCGCAGCGCAGGAUGCGAACAUCCUGCAAUCGGUGCCGAAGAUAAUCAUUUCCCUAACCUAGCUGCAUUUCUGGAAGUGCUGGACCUGACCUUGAAUGGGACGAAAAAGCUGUACCAACUGGAGCGGCAGAAAGUGUAAAACUCACAGGACACUCCGGUGUACAGUGCAAAACGGAGUAGCCUCGCAGAAAGGUGGAAAAUCGUGAAGCGGUUGCGUGUUGUUUGGUGCGAACCAAUCGACAAGGAAAAUCAAUCCCAGCAACCAUCCGUGCGAGUGGCGACCGUGGUCAGAUUGCUGUGUGAUUGCGGCCAAUGCUGAAGCACCAUGAGUAGUGAUGAGGAAAUCGGUGAACUGAAAGUUGUGUACGAUUUCAUAGCGCAGGCCAGGUUCAAGAAGGCUUUCGCCAGCGCUUCGAAAGUUCUCGACCAGCGGUCCCCGAUUCCGCCCGAUGCCACCGACGAGGACCCGCUCCGGGAGCUGUUCCUGUUCGUCGUCACCAAGUACGCGGAUCAGCUUGAGCAGGAGGGCAAAAUCGAACAAGUGUUCGAAAUCAUAGAGCAGGGCUUGGAGUACUUUCCCGAGCAUCCGGAGCUGCUGAACGAGACGGGCGUCCGGCUGCAAAGAUAUGGUCGAUCGUUGGAAGCGUCGAUCUGUUUCGAGCGAGUGCUGCUGCAGGAUUCCCGCUAUCUGAAGGCGUACCAGAACUUGCAGAACACAAAAUGCGAGCUGGUCGAGCGGUGGCACUUUCGGAUGCUGAAUGACGUGGUGCGCAACGCAGCGUUCCGGGCGGCAAUCGAACACCACAUCGGCGCCGGGUAUGACGAGGUGCUGGACAUUGGUACGGGCACUGGUUUGCUCUCGAUUUACGCUCUGCGCUGCGAGGGCAUUCGGAAGGCGGCCGCAUGCGAUGGGUCGGAAAUUAUGGUGCAGAUCGCUCGGGACGUGUUCGGCGCGAAUGGGCUGAGCGAUCGGAUCUGCCUGUUUCAGAGCUACUCGCAGGACCUGAAGAUUGGCGAACGGUUCUCGCUGAUCGUCACCGAGACCCUCGAUAGCGGUGCGUUUGGCGAGGGCAUCCUCGAAACGUUGAUCCACGCGAAGAAGCAUCUGCUGUUACCGCAGGGGAAGAUCAUUCCGGCAAAGGUGACCCUGCACGUGUCCGGCUACCAGUCGCGCGCCUUAACUGCAAGCAAUAUUUUAAUCAAUGAAUCAUUCAGCGAAGACUUUUCGCUGCCCAGCAACUGUCUGCUGUCCAAGGAGGGCACCAAGUGCUACGACGCGGAGGACAUUAGCCGUAUCCAGGCGAACGAUGAUUUUGAGUUCGUUACCGAUACGGUGGUUUCGAUGGAGGUUGAUUUUAACGACUUGGAUUGUCUGGUGCGCCACUACGACGGUAAGGAGGUUGGCGAGGUGGAGCUGACCUGUCUGGACGAUGGUUUACUGCUCGACGGGUUCGUCGUGUGGUUCGAUUUGCAGCUGGAUGAAACGAACUUCAUUAGUACUGAUCCCACGACAAACACGUGCUGGAAUCAGGCCAUCUUUCGCUUGAACCAACGAUUACCGGUGGCCAAAGAUCAGCGGCUAAAGCUAACGAUGUCGUGCAAGGAUGGCGCACUUGCCAUUGCACACAACCUGAACUCGUUGGACAAUCAAAUCAGCGUCGACGAGCACGUGCUGGAGUUUCUGAGCGACUACGAGUACUACGGCAGUCUGACCGAGGCGACCGAUGGGCUUGAUGAUAUGGAAAAGAUUCUCGACCUUUCGCUAUUUCCGUAUGCAGGGCUAAAGCUUCUGAAGGACGGCAAAGCUCGCAUGUUGUUCUGUCUGGAUCAAACGGAGGACCUGAUCGAGUUUAUCGCCAACCAGAACGAAAUUCCGAUGGGAAGCAUCAUGCUGGUUAGUUCAAUCCAGGAGAUCUUCCUACUCAACGACUACACUCUGGACCUGAUCAUCUUGCAGCCGGUGGAUGUAUUCGGGCAGAUCAACAGUGAGCACUUCUGCCUCUAUCAAUCGCUGCUACCGAAGCUUAAACCGAUCGGAACGGUCAUACCUGCGUCGCUCGAGCUACACGGCAGUCUCAUCGAGUCGGAAUGGAUCGUCAAGUGUAGCCGGGUGGAAAAUGCGGAGCUGGAGCAGUUGCAAAUCGACAAAUAUUUGGCUUCGCUCGAGACGGAAAAUCACCUCGACCUGGGACCAUUCUCGUACCGCAAUCUUUCCGAACCCGUGAAGCUAGCGGACGUUCAGUUCGAUGGUAAGCUCCACGAAACGGAACAGGAAUUGAACCUACUGGAACACACCGAUCCGACCAGGGUACACGCAGUGCUGUACCACUACCGUAUCGGGUUUACGCCCGAUCGUCCCCAGCUUGACACGGACCGACCCCAGUCCUUUGCCAAGCGGUCUGCCUUUAUCAUUCCGAAAUCUACAUUCCACGUUGGGGGCUGUGGCCCAGCAGCACUCGCAGAAGAGGCUGCCGUCGAGGCUGAUAGCACAGCGCCGAUCGAAAAGCUGCACGUGACCGUACUUCAAAACCAUGGAGUUAUCAAGUGUGACAUCACCACUGUGGCGCAGUGAACUGUGGAAAGCAAAUCUUGCUACCCCUAGCUACUCUACGCACAAUCCUCAAAACUUCUGGCCAGCUAGAUGCUGGCCGGAGAACGAUCACCGGAACACCUCCAACAAACCCCACCUAUAAUAUAUACCGUAGUGUCGCAUCAGAGUAGCAAUGGGCAAAUUUCACGGUAGCGACACAAAGCUAAAGUUGGCUAACCGCCGUAGGACAUGGUGGAUUGAAACACAUUCCAAUUUGUGCAAUUUUUGGUCCCUAGACCACUAGACCAUUAGGGGAGGACUGCAACGGACUCCGCACAACACGAAAAGUAAUAACCCCUGUACGGGUACCCUAGCAUGUAGUAAAUCGUAGUCAAUCAGUACACAUUCUUAAAGCAAACCGAAAAAGCAUCGACAACCCGCCCCAUGCGAGUGUAGGAAUGUAGUUUUAGUACAGUUUUGGGCAUUAGUAG